CCAAUAAAUUCAAUAAGAGAGUUUGUAAAUUGAGAAGAAAAAAAGAUGUACGGUCUUCAAAGAAUGAGUUAUUAGUAUCUAUCUUACUAGGAAGCAGUGAGUGGCAAAAGCAAAGCAGAGUCGAAGAAGAGAUGAAAUUGCUAUCGCUUUCCACAUCCGACGCUACUACUUGUUACCUUUCAUCUUCUCUCUCUCUCUCUUCCAUUUUCUCUUUAUAUAUGACUUCGUUUCUUGUUUUGUUUGCAGGCUUCCAAAACCUGCCUUUGAACGCAUCCUAUGGAAGAUACAUAAGGAAAGCUGGGGCAACUAAAGUCACUGCAAAGUUUGAGCUGAAGCCACCGCCAUAUCCGCUGAAUGCUUUGGAGCCAAUUAUGAGCCAGGAUACAUUUGAGUACCAUUGGGGAAAGCACCACAGAGCUUAUGUUGAUAACUUGAACAAGCAAAUUGAAGGAACAAAUCUAGAUGGAAAGUCACUAGAGGAACUAGUUAUUGCGUACUAUAAUGGCGACAUUCUCCCAGCUUUUAACAAUGCAGCACAGGUAUGGAACCAUGAUUUCUUCUGGGAGUCCAUGAAACCUGGUGGUGGUGGAAAGCCAUCUGGGGAACUUCUAAUACUGAUUGAAAGAGACUUUGGUUCAUUUGAAAAAUUUGUUGAUCAGUUCAAGCUCGCUGUCACACAAUUUGGUUCAGGAUGGGCAUGGCUUGCAUAUAAAGAAAACAGACUUGAUGUUGGAAAUGCUGUAAAUUCUCUUGCAACUGAUGAGGACAAAAAGCUAGUCAUCCUGAAGAGUCCUAAUGCUGUGAACCCCCUUGUUUGGAACUAUCAUCAUCCACUACUAACUAUUGAUGUCUGGGAGCAUGCUUACUACCUUGACUAUCAGGACCGUCGUCCUGGUUAUAUAUCAGUGUUCAUGAAUAAGCUUGUUUCUUGGGAAGCAGUAAGUUCAAGACUUGAGCAAGCUAAGGCUGUAACUGUGGAGAGGGAGAGCGAGGAGGCGAGGAAACAAAGAGAGGAAGAAGAGAAGUCAACAACCAGUGAAGCUAUGCCUACUGAUAUUAGAAUACAGAAUGGGUGAGUUUAUUUUAUUUUUUUUGUCUAGAGUAGACAAUGUUCAAAAUGGCUUAUAUUUUGUACCAGGUAGGUGUGUAUCUAUACAGGUUUAGUGGCUUCAAGCUGCAAAUUUUGUUCUCUAUUGUCAUUAUUCUAAAUUAAUGCUUCAUACAUGCAAUAAUAGUAGUAUGAAGUCUUAUCAUGUGAAUUA